AUGGACCACGGAGCUGCCGCGGCCCAGGGCACUGCCCCGCCUCAGGUUGGCGAGCAGCCCGCGGAGUCUCCGGAGCCGCCGCCGCCGUGGCCACCGCCGAAGCCGCCGCCGCCGCCGCCGUCGCCGCCGGCGCGAGCUCCUCAGCUGCUCCACGAGCCUUCGCCGGAACCGGCACCGCAGUUCUGUCCAGAGCCUGCUCCAGAACCCGGUCCGGAGGCGACCCCAGAACCAGCCUCAGAACUAGACAUAGAACCGAUCCCAGAACCAGAUAUAGAACCGGUCCCAGAGCCCACCCCAGAACCAGCCACAGAACUAGACACAGAACCGAUCUCAGAACCAGCCACGGAACCAGCCCCCGAGCCGGCCCCAGAACCAGCCCCAGAACCGGCCCCAGAGCCGGCCCCAGAACCAGCCCCAGAACCGGCCCCAGAGCCGGCCCCAGAACCAGCCCCAGAGCCGGCCCCUGAGCCGAUCCCAGUACCAGCCGUAGAACCGGCCCCCGAGCCGGCCCCAGAACCAGCCACAGUACCAGCCACAGAGUCCUGCCCUGAGCCGGCUCAAGUGUCCCGUCCGGAGCCGAGCCCAGCACCACAUCUAUUGCAGUGUCCGGUGGUCACUCCAGAGAAGGGUCUAAGGACCUCGCCAUCGCCGCGAACGCUAGUGCCACCGCGGUCUCCCACCUGGUGGCAACAAGUGUAAAAAAUAUUGAAGGAAGGACCUCUGCUGAAGAACUGUAACUCCUUCAAGAGGUGGAAACUCAGAUAUUUUCUGGUUCGAGGACAAAGGCUCUGCUUUGCACACCAUCCUGCGUUUGCACGCUUUGAAACAAUUGAUCUGUCUCAAGUUGCCUUGGCAGAAAGCAGCUGUAGAAACCUUUGCCACAGUUUUUGCGUGAUCACACCACAACGAAAAGUUACACUGGCUGCACCCAACCGGAAAGAUAUGGAAGAAUGGAUUAACGUCAUAAAAACCGUGCAACAGGGAGAAAUUCGUAAGAUACCUGCAGCAGAAAACAACCCUUUUCUUGUUGGAAUGCACUAUUGGUACUCAAGCCACAGUCCCCGGACCCAGCACUGCAAUGUUUGUCGAGGAACCAUUCCUGCCUUAUCUCGAAAUGUUAUCAUCUGCGAAGUGUGCAAAGUAAAGUCUCACAGAUUAUGUGCUUUAAGAGCAAGCAAAGAUUGCAAAUGGAAUACAUUAUCCAUUACUGAUGACCUCCUCAUGCCUGCAGAUGAAAAAACUAUGCCUCAUCAGUGGGUAGAAGGAAACAUAUCUGUCAGUUCUCAGUGUGCAGUAUGUCACGAGAACUGUGGCAGUUAUCAGAGACUUCAAGAUUUCCGGUGUCUCUGGUGUAAUUCUACGGUGCAUGAUGACUGCAGGAGACGGUUUUCCAAGGAAUGCUGGUUUGGAAGUCAUCGAUCAUCAGUCAUUCCUCCCACUGCCCUCAGCGACCCCAAGGGUGAUGGCCAAUUAGUAGUAUCUCCAGAUUUCUGGAAUCUUGAUUGGUCUUCAGCCUGUUCAUGCCCCCUUCUCAUCUUCAUCAACUCCAAAAGCGGCGAUCACCAAGGAAUCGUCUUCCUCCGGAAGUUCAAGCAAUACCUUAACCCGUCUCAAGUGUUUGACCUUUUGAAGGGUGGACCUGAAGCCGGGCUCUGCAUGUUCAAGAACUUUGCUCGCUUUCGCGUUGUGGUUUGUGGUGGAGAUGGCAGCGUGAGCUGGGUCUUAUCUCUGAUUGAUGCCUUUGGAUUACAGGAACGGUGUCAGCUGGCAGUCAUCCCUCUUGGAACCGGUAAUGAUCUGGCCCGUGUCCUCGGCUGGGGUGCAUUCUGGAACAAAAACAAAUCGCCUCUGAACAUCCUCAACAGAGUGGAGCAAGCUGGUGUGAGGAUUCUAGACAGAUGGAGUGUGAUGAUCCGUGAGACUCCCAGACAAACCCCGUUGCUAAGAGGACAAGUUGAAAUGGAUGUACCCCGAUUUGAGGCUGCUGCCAUCCAACACUUAGAAUCUGCAACCACUGAGUUGAACAAAAUCCUGAAGGCCAAGUACCCGACAGAGAUGAUCAUUGCAACCAGAUUCCUGUGCUCAGCAGUGGAAGAUUUUGUAGUUGAUAUUGUAAAGGCCUGGAGCCGGAUAAAACAGAACAAUACAGCAAUAGAGUCUGUGAUUUUGAAAAGCGACUUAAUGUAUGACAAGCUCAGUGUCCUGAUUGAUAUCCUUGCUGAGGAUGCAGCAGUUGAGAAGAGUACCACAGCACAUGCAGACAGUGCCAAGGCAGAUGGAAAGCCCUUCAUCCCUCAAAUAGACCACAUAGCCAAGUGCAAGUUGGAGCUGGCCACAAAGGCCCAGAAUCUCCAAAAGUCCUUGAAACUCAUCAUAUUCCAAGUUGAACAAGUUCUUGAUGAGCAAAGCCGACAGACAAUAUCAGUCAAGAACUUUAGUUCAACUUUCUUCCUGGAAGAUGACUCAGAAGAUAUUAACCAGAUGAGCCCAAGACACCGUUCUCGUCUUGGUACUCUGUCUUCUAUAUCUUCUCUCAAAAGUGAAGACCUAGAUAACCUCAAUUUGGAGCACUUAUAUUUUACACCUGAAACUAUACGCUUCAAAGAAAGGUGUGUCAUGAACAACUAUUUUGGAAUUGGACUAGAUGCUAAAAUUUCUCUGGAAUUCAACACCAGAAGAGAUGAACACCCAGGACAAUACAAUAGCCGCCUUAAGAACAAGAUGUGGUAUGGCCUUCUGGGAAGCAAGGAACUUUUUCAGCGCUCUUACAGGAAACUGGAAGAACGAGUGCAUCUGGAGUGUGAUGGAGAAGCCAUCUCCUUGCCAAACCUGCAAGGCAUUGUAGUGCUCAACAUUACCAGCUAUGCUGGAGGCGUCAACUUUUGGGGAAGCAGCACAGCUACCACAGAAUAUGAGGCUCCUGCGAUAGAUGAUGGGAAGCUAGAGGUAGUGGCAAUCUUUGGUUCUGUACAGAUGGCAAUGUCCCGUAUCAUCAACCUGCAUCAUCAUCGCAUCGCCCAGUGCCGUGAGGUGAUGAUAACCAUCGAUGGUGAAGAAGGUAUCCCAGUGCAGGUGGAUGGGGAGGCCUGGGUUCAGAGGCCAGGCCUUAUCAAGAUUAGAUACAAGAACACUGCCCAGAUGCUGACAAGAGAUCGGGACUUUGAGAACUCAAUGAAAAUGUGGGAGUGCAAGCAUUCUGAAAUCCAGGCUGCCUCUCAACCCCAGCUGGACUCCCAGGAAUCUCAAGAUAGCCUCUCUGAUGAGGAGUAUGCCCAGAUGCAGCACUUAGCUCAGCUUGCAGAAAACCUCAUCAGCAGACUUACUGACCUGAGCAAGGUCCACCAGCAUGUGUCUGUCCUCAUGGAUUCUGUGAAUGCCAGUGCUAACAUCCUGAAUGAUAUAUUUUACAACAAAGACAGUAGCAAUGAGGCAGGUGCAGCUUCCUGCACUCCCAUUGAGACUCUAACCAGAAAUGACGCAGUAGAUGUUACAUUUAGGCUUAAAGGGCUCUACGAUGACACCAAAGCUUUCCUGGAUGAAAACUUGCUGAGAAAUGCUGAGUAUGAGGCCACACUGCAAACUUCCCUGGAUGCCAUGAAUAAGGAGUUUGAAAAGCUAUCUGAGAUUGACUGGAUGAAUUCAAUCCUUUCUCCAGAGGAAAAGUCUUCAGACACUGACAGUAGAAGCCUCAGAUUGAAAGUUAAGUUCCCCAAAUUGGGGAAGAAGAAGCCAGAAGAGGAAGACAAACCUAAAUCAGGCCAAGGCAUCCAGGGUUUUAUUGGAAAUUUGUGGCACCGCAGACAUCGUGAAGAUGAAGCAAAAAAUGAUGAUCCUCCAACACCAUCAGGAUCUCAACUAUAA